GACUGUCAGAAAUAUUUUUGACAUUUUGUUCCAUGCUAGAAAACCAAGAAAACAAAAAAAUAUGACAAAAAAUACACGACUCAAAUAUUGUAAUUUGUUAUUCUAAGUGCGCGUUACAUGAAUACAUCUAGUAAAUAAAAUGUUUAAAUCGCCAAUUUGUACUAUUUCGUCAUAAUUUGCAAUACGUCAGCCGUUCGCGUAUCCGUUUCUGGAAUAAAAAUUAUGAAUUUUCCUUGGCAAGGCCAGUGUGUAAUCGCAGCCCAAGCGGCACUGUCGGUCGUGUUUGUCCGCAUUAUAGUUUAAAUUUACUGUCAGAAGUUUUUUUUGCGUUGAGGUUCUGCCGGUAACCUUGAGUGUGUGUAAGGCCGUAAAUUUAGAAUAACAAUUAAAUCUAGUUGGUCACGAUGCUGAAGAGUGCCUCUAAAGUGACAAUAAACACAGGAAAUGUGUUAAAUCUGAUCGAUAUCAAGAAGAAGGCUGGGCAGAAUGUGACUGAAGAGCUUUCAGAAAGCAUCAAACUCACCCUGUCAGAAUGGGGAUCUCAGAAUGGACUGCCUCUUCAAAACGGGACCUCGGAGCAACCAGACACUUCCUACAUGGUGGUGUCGAAGGAGAACGAGCCUCAAGCCGUGGUCAUCACGAGACCACACGACGAUGUGCACAAGAAAAUGGCAGAGGAAGAAAGGAAAAAUCUCAAGAUUGGUGUAAAGAUUUUUAUUGACGAAGACAGUACUACGGCUUUGAUUGAGUGUUUGGAGAAUGUAUUCUCAGCUCUACAAACAGAGUAUAUAGACAACGUGAUCCUCUCAUAUAACCCGGACUUACAAAACAGAGAAGACAACGAUGAUGGCAACACGAGAAACAACUACGCAACCAAAGCGUCACCGAUAUCGCUCAGUAGUAAUGCCCGCAUAUCUACAUCAGAAAUGGAGGCAGAUAGCGAGGCGGACGCGCGCAAAUGCGAAGCGAUACUGCCCGGAAUUAAAGUGCUGUGGGCUGUGUUAGAAGAUUAUGUGAGAAAAGGGCGCGUGCUGCAGCUGGGCGUGGCGGACGUGGGCGGCGGGUGCCUGCGGCGGCUGCACGGCUGGGCGCGCGAGCGGCCCGCCAUCGCGCAGAUCAGCCUCGCCGCCUGCUGCGUCGUGCCGCCCGCGCUGCACGCCUUCUGCAAGGACAACGACGUGCAGCUGCUCACGCAUGCCGACCCUCCAGAUCUACUCUCCCUAGCCGCAGGGAAAACCCUAUCAGACACGGGAGUGGGUUGCAACAACCUGGAUUGGUGUGCGAGGUACCAGGUGCACAUAAAGUGUAGGGGCGUGCUCGCUCUCAAGGGCUAUGUGUGUAAGGCAACUCUGGGGAAAGCGGGGAAGAGCGUAUAAUACUUAAAUACUAUGCGAAUUGUGUUUAUAUUAUUCUGUCGUAAAAAAUGGUUUAGAGGAUAAAGUACCAUAGAAAGGCUAGUUAGGGUCUAAAAUUGUUGCUUUUUAGGUUUACAGGCGUUCAGAGUUUGUUACUCGCAGGUCCGCAGUAAUAAAUGAAGUUCACCUUUGAGUUGGAGUUCAAGUUGACAAUUAAUGUAUUGAACUAUUUAACAAUUCAAACUUAAGUUGAUAUUUAAGACCUUGUCCUCAGCUGAGAUGCCGCUGUUAACUAUAACUCAGCUAUCAAAUCCGUCAUAUGCUGUGAAUUGAGAUGUUGAUAUCUGUUAUUAAAUAACAACAAUCUUAAGAUGCUGACUAACUUGACAGCGUCUCAGCUAUAACGCACUUGAGGGCGCAAUUCAGUUACAUCUAUGAAUAGAGCCCGUAGACACCCUAUUGCACAGCAUUGUUUACAUACCAACGCUUUUUGACUUAUUAAACCCGAAAACCUGGCGAUGAUCGCGCUUUGAACGCUUGGAGAGAGCCUAAUAUAAAUAGAAAACUAGUGUAUUUUUAACACAAUAUUUUAAUAGCAGUCAUUAGUGAAUGUUUCCAAAAAAAUCUCCAUUUUGAUAUAGUAUUGAGAAUCUUUUCAAGUUGAAUUGCGUUUUGCGAUAAAAUAUAUAAACACAAUUAACAUAAAUUAAAUCGCACAUUGCAUUUUACCAAAUGUGUAUACCCCAUGUGAUACUAUAGUAUAUAUUCGGAACCGUACUAUGUGUACUUAUGUGUUAUAAAUCUUAUUUAAGUGCGUUGAGUGAAAAGAGGUUUGUGAUCACUGCACAUUGCUAUAUUGCGUUUGACAGCUGCCAAAACUGUCAGUGUGACAGUUGUGAAUUGAAUUUAAGGAAAACUUUAUUUUGGACAAUGUAACUUAAUGUUAUCUAGCUAAAAAAAUAUUGGCUAAAUAUGACUACCUAUGCUGUAAGUACUGUGUUAUGAAAUUGUUUACAAAAUAUUGUAAGCCACAGUGACAGUUUGACAGCUGUCAAAUUGUAUAACAUGUUACCUAUUAUCUUGAUGCAAUGCAAAUGUAUUGCAAAUUAUGUGAUAAGUGCUAAUUGUACUAUAAUUUGUUAUUUUAUAGUAUUGUCGGACUUUGUGACGUGUAGAAAUAUAUUUGUUUAGGCUGAAUGUUACACUUGCCUUUAGAUUUAAAAACUUAUCACCACCUAAUAUUUAGGUGCCUAAUGAAGGGUACAUUAGCUCACAAAAUAAUAUAUUUUUACACAUCGCUAAGUCUUUAAUGUUAACCAACAAAACUUAUAUCUUUGUGAUUAUAAUGAGGAAAUGCGAAUUUGCUUGUUACGAAAUUGUACUCUCACUGCGAAAAAACAAAAAAUAAUAUUAAAAAGCACUAAUGUAUUUGUUUUAACUUGUUAACGUUCGUAAGAAUUAAGUGUUCGUUAUUUCCAAUUGUCGGUCUACCCACAUUUCAGUAAAACAGAGAAUUCUUUAGUAAAAAGGAACAAAAAUGAUUUCCAGAUAAACCAACAUUACAUUAUCUACACACAAAUAAUUUACUACCUAUUCAUAAUUAUACUGAAGAUCUGGAUUGCAAUUAUAGCCUGACCAGGGAAAUAAAAAACUUGCUUAAGAGCGUCACUUGUUACGUUUCUUUAUAAAGUUAGAAUUAUUAGUGUAACAUAUUAAUUCCGUAUUUAAGCACAACACGGCGAGGUUUUUUAUUUUCGUGGUCUGGCUAUAAACUAUGGCUAAUUUCAAUUUUGGUUCCUUUUCACCCGGUUUUAUUUUCGCGGUUUUCAAUAAACUGUCCUAAACAUUUUUGGCUUGAUCGCGAGAAUGGAUCAAUGACAAUAAAGUUUUCGACAUGCUAACAAAUGCAUUAUUUUAAUUGGUUUAUUCUUAAGACCGGAUCGAAGAUUUACAAUGGCUUCGUUUAUUGACAUUGGCGUUUUUCAUCCCUAAAGGUAGACUAUUGUAAACCACGUCUAUGAAAGUACCCUGCAACUGUACAAAUAUUGUGGCACAAGGUAUUAAAAAUAGACGCCAUACCAAAUAUAAGCAAUAAACGACAUAAGUCAUGAGCACAGGUGAACAGAGCUCUCUAGCUAGAUGGGUGCUCUCUAGAGCUAGAGCUCUCUAGAUAAAUGAGACGAAAGUUUAAAGUAGCUCAGUGGUGAAGAGUCCAUAUAACAAGACUACUGCCGGCUUCUCUUUUACUAAUUUGUAUAAAAUCUAAUUAUCAUUACAACGAUGUUAAUUGUAAAAAUACUACGACAUUGUUUACAUGCCGUGUAUCCUUCGUUGGAGGUUUUUAAAUUAAUAAAUAAAUAAACGAUGGACGGACCGCAUUUAUCUCCAUUAGUACGGUUAUAUGUUGUGUUGCGUUCCCUUUCAAAAAAAUUAUCCUUCGCCACUGCAGUAACCGCUUGCAACAUGCAAACCAAUGGACAAAGAGCGUUGAUUAGGAUGAAUCACGCGAAACAUCCUAUUGGAUGUUAAAUGGACCAAUCACGAGUGUGCUCACGACUCGUGCCUCUAUUUAAGGCAUCGUCUGGUCGACUAGCGCGGUUAGGAGAUAUUGUCUAUGUACUUUGUUUUUUAACACUGGCAAUGUAUAACGUAAUAGAAAAUUUUAGGUCUGGUCGACUAAAGCGGUUAGGAGAUAUUGUCUAUGUACUUUGUUUUUUAACACUGGCAAUGUAUACCGUAAUAGAAAAUUUUAGGUCAGGUCGACUAAAGCGGUUAGGAGAUAUUGUCUAUGUACUUUAUUUUUUAACACUGGUAAUGUUCUGCAAUAUAAUAGGUAAUCUAAAAUUUUAAGCAGUUCCCAAAUAGUAACAUGUUUGUUGGAUGAAAAAUAUGACAAAUCAAUAACCUCCUUAUUUCGUCGGUUAAUAAAAGCAAUGUUUGAAUCGCGUUCUGCCUUUGCCUUUAAAAGUAUUUAUAAAUUGUUACAUUCCUGUGUAUGUUUGACUUGUGAACGUCGCAAAAACUGCUCAUUGAACAAUGUUUGACAUUUAAAAAUUAGUACGAUUUUUUAUUAUAAACAGGUAAAAAAUAAAAAAUCUGUGAGCACUCUUAAAAAUAUUAUACAGUAAAAAAUAUUAACUUCUCUGUAGCUGUAAUAAUAUUAAAAUAUAAAGUUUUUUUUGUAUGUAUUUUGAUUUUGUGUCUUUAUUUUGAACGCGACCAGUUAUACAAAUAUUUUUUAAUCUGUAUUCUACCUGUCAAGUUAACAGCUUCAACUUGUACUUAUUUUGUAUUGUUUUUCCAUAAAGUGUAACCUAAGGUGCCUUUAAGUACUUAUUUUAUUAUGAGACAAAAAAGCGAAACGUAAAAUCUAGAAAUACGUCAUGUUAACAUGUUAUAGUAAUAUGAAAUCGAAUUUUAAUGAAAUUAAAGUAUUUAUUGAACCUAGA